AUGCGUGUAGCGGACAUAUUUUUGUAUCUAAAUUCUGUAGCUAAUCCACUCAUUUACUGCUACAGAGAUCGCCGUUUUAGGAACGCCGUGCUCGAGAUUUUGAAGAGUAGGAGACCCAAAGAAAAGCCGUCUGUUGUAACUGAUGCAGCAAGAUUCGGCGACGUCAAACAUAACGAUGUAUUUGGCUCAGGGAAAGAUACGCUACAGAUGCAAAAGGUGAAAAACCAAGUACGUUUAACAAGAUCAGCAUCAUGUGAUUUGACUCGACCCGUAGAUCGAGCUUAUAUCGACUCUCACAAAAUACUCUUAACGAGAACCAAGUCAUCUCUGUCUCUCCCAUGAGCGGGUUCUUCAAAGAUAUUUAAAUUUUCAUUUUAUCUUUACCCAAAUGACAGGCGGCCCAAGCUCAGUGUGUGAGUUUAAUCAUUAAUACAUGUAGUUUAAUAUUGCGUAAUUUAAAAUGGCCGUGAAUUGAAAGGAUUUGGAUGAGAAUUCAGGUAAAAGAUCCAAGUAGAUAGAUACUCGCUAGAAUGUUCCAGUGGAAACUCGCGGGGUAAAAUUUGAAACCAAAUGUCCAGGAAUGGCAAGACAUCUACUUACGGUUGAGGUGCGCCUUUGCCAAUAUGCAGAUCUCAAAUAGCCCCGGGGGGAUACUCAAGAAAGUUUUAUACGGGGAGGCUCCCCCUAGGGGUCGAACCCCUUACCUUUUUAUAUACCAUUUAUUGACAGAAAUCGUACCCCUUUCGUAUACCUUUCAUUGACAAAUGGCAGUACCCCUUACACAAAUUUAGUUUAGAGCUUUGCAUCCCUUUUAACUACUGUAAACGCACUUUCUUUUCAAAUGGCUUAAAAAUAGAAUUAAAGUCAAAAAGACUACUGCAAAGACUGAUCAAACAACGUCAAAAAGGCUGAGGUAUACAAUAUUUCGAGUGGCCAAUACCAGGUAUUGGUAAACCUGGUGAAGACUGGUAUUGGCCAGGUCGAAGACUUUGAGGAGUUUUAAGAAAAGACACUUGCUUUGUGCGUGAAUGAAAGAGGCAGAAAGGCCUAGAAAAGCUCUGUGAGAUAUAUAAAAGUUUAUAUAAACUUAGUGUAUUGUACAAUACGAUAAUUAAUACGCUGACGAAACGGUUCCAUCGUGAUAAGAGGGUAUUCAUCUCAGUUAAGCUCGUCGGUUGUUUGUUUAUCAUUUGCUAUAUUAAACAUCUUUGAAAAUAAGAAAGGUAUUAUUAAAAUUCUAGUUUAUAGUUCUGCAUUUGAUAUCUAAAAUCUGAUCAGUGUGAUCUUUUUUGCAAUAAUUAUAUCGAGCGGCUAGGAAUGAUUUUCGUAGGGUGCUUCACGAGCGAAUUUAAUCAGAUUAUUACAGAUUUCCCAUAAAUUUUGUAUUUGCAGUUUAUUUACUGAAAAAUGAAAUUUUGGUGUUGUCCCGGGGUAGGGCAUUUGCACCCUAUUUUAAAGCCCCACAGUGGGGUUUUUGUAUGAACGCCUAGCCCCAACGUGGGGCAUUUGCAGCUUUUCCAAAACAAAAUGACAAAUGUCCGGGGGGGAAGAGCACGCUUGGAAUUGACUGAGCCAUUAUCUUUCUUUUGUCGUAAUUUUGACCGGUUUAGAAGUAAUUUCUGAUCUAGAGUUGUUAGUAAACCCGUAACGGGGUAACGGCGUAACGAAACUUGAUUUCCCCAAACUGUUGAGCGGGAGAAAAAUCUUACCGCAGGGAGCCCAAAACAAACUUGUGUGACCGAUGAAAUUUUAUGGUAAAUGUACUGUAUUUACCGUUUGCUUCAUCUGUAGCGGUACAUCGCUAAAUAUGUGCUGAUGUAUCAAAGCUAAAUAAAUGUUGUGUUACCUUACCUUCGCGGUAAAUUCGACGAACUCAAAAUCCUUGAAAAUCGCUCAAAGUAUCACUUCUGAGGCAAAAGGACGAUAAUAUAUGUCAAUAAUUAUGCUAGUUUAUGUCAGUUAUGCUGAUUUUGGCAAAACUGCAAAAAUUAUGCUUCUACUAAGUUAGUUCAAAUUCAGUCAAAACAAUCUCAAUACUAAAUGCAUCAAACAAGUAAAUGGCAAACACAAGAGUGCAUAAUGCAUUGUGUAUGACAACUAUAAAAACUCAAACUGUGCCCAAAAACACAUAAAGUUCAGUUCAAACGUGAAUUGCCAAAUGAAAGAGAGAUACAGAAACUGACGUUCAAACACUACUGAUCGCACUUGAUGAGCUUCUCAAUUUUUUUACCAGGUACUUUCUCAACUCAGUUACGUGUGUUCCGUUAUCCCACCAACCUGAGAGAGGAUAAUGAAACACACUCUUUAUGCUCCCUUGCAACGACUUAACACUUUUCCAAAAUAUAUCUGUGUUCAGAAGAAGCAACCAUUGAAUAAAGCCGUGGUAAACCGGCAGCCGGAAGACAGAAGUCAAUCUAAGUAUAUUUAAAAAAUCCAAAAUGAGCCCCCCAAACAGACAAACAGAACCCAAAUUUAUUAUGCAAAAAAAGCCCCCCGUGAAGGCUCCUCUCUAUACAGAGGUACAAGGAAAAUACCCACUAAAGAGGUGAAUUCAUUGUGAUAUCCUAUGAUGCACGCCCUCCACACACACAAUCCCUCCACCAUAGAUCUAGAGAGGAGAAAUAUGACCUCAGGUUACCAUGGUAGCAAAAGUUCUGAUCACAACAAUAGGGAGCUUAAGCAACGACGACGGGGACGGCAACGAGAAAGGCAAAAAAAGCAAUAGGUUUAGGGCCUGUUUACAUGGGAGUGGGGAACCCCAGGUGGGUGGGGUAACCCACAUGCCCAUAUAAUCUCUCAUUUUAAUUUCAUCACGUUUACAUGAUGGGUACCCUGGCUCCAGAGGUCCGUUCUCAAAAUACCUAAUGUGAAAUAAACGAACCAUCAGUAUCGAGAAGAAAAAAAUAUCCACUGGAAACCAGGGUUCAUGAUAGGUGGAGUGACCCGCCAAGGUGGGUAGCCCGGUCUGCCAGAAUGGGUAACCCUCCCAGUCAUGAUCACAAUUUGCCUUGUAAACGUUUCAAGGUGGGGUAACCCGCAUCCUCGGAGACCCAGGGGCAGAUUGUUGGGGGGGGCAAGGGAAAGACUAAACGGGCGGGAAAAAAUGGCGCGAAGAAAAGUAAAGAACGGGGUGAAGAGCCCCUGGGCCCUGGGGACAAUGGGCGCGAUCCAUUCAACCAAAAUUUCCGGAAAUUUCGGUCCAAAACUCAAUGGAUCGGUUCGGUCCAACCGGACAAGUUUCGAAAAAAUGGGUCCACCUUUUAGGUGGUCCUCUUUUCCCGGUCGGACCGGUCUGAAUUUUGGUUGAAUGGAUCGCGCCCAGUGUCUUACCAGAACAGUUCCAAACGGCAGCGGCCGUUCUGGCUUCUGAUUGGUGCCAGAAAACUUUUGUGUUUUUCUGCCCAAUCAAAGGGCAGCAAACCUUGGAGUCAUUUCGUGCGUUCUUACACGCAAAGAACAUGAAGUUCAGCUGUUCGCCAUGUUUAUCUUGGCUGUUCGCGGAGGUUUAUCUGCGAUUAUCUCACCGAUAAAUACGCAUGACCUUUCGCAGGUAUCAUAACAGUAGCCUAUUUAAACGUUUGCGAAAAUAUUCACUGAUUCACUUAUGUAAGCUUAUUUUGCAUUGGAUGCAUAGAUAUAUCUUAGGCUUAAAUUUUUGGAAAGCCUUUCGACGAGGUUUUCCCGAGUCAUAGUGGCCUUUUAUUCUGCAUUUGCUUCAUAUUUUUUCUUGAUUUUAUGAAUCAUGUACUUUUUGUGACUGAAACUUUAGCAAUCCUGAGAAUUCUUUUGUCGCACGGGCCAGGCGCUACAUGUAGGUAUGUCGAGCGAUCGGCAGCCAGCUUCGCGUGGAAAUCAUUGAUUCUUGCUUAGUUCUCAGCGGAGCCAUUCACCCUCCCACCCAGAAAAUUGCGUUGGUCGUAUUUAUUAACUAUCCCUAAGCCAAGCUGGGACAGCUUGGCUUGGUCUGCUGAUCAAUCAUUUUUCCACAACUGAGCAUGAAUAUUGGUGUCGUUAAAUAUAUUACAAUUGCUCAACUGGCGUUUCCAGUGCUGAUUGAAUUCUAAAGAAGUAAAGGCGUUGGUCGCAUUUUUUUUAAUUUAGAAAAGAUCCCACAGUUUCUAGGUUUUUACUAUUUCCUUUACUAGCACUUGAAUAUGAUUCUUUAUAUUAGUGCUUUUUAGUUAAUCUCAUUGAUCUUCAGAUUAAUUGUCAGUUACCAAGUUUCCAAAAUAUACGUGCACCUCGUACAUCAUCACGCUUAUUACCCUGACUUAAUUUCAGCGGAUAUUUUAAAAAUAGCGCAAAUGACAGAACGCAAAUUGUAAUUUUCGGUUGUUAAUUAGAGUAAGUACUGAAGGUUGUGAAUUUGCAUGAAUAAAAAAAACUAAAAUGAAGGAUCAGGAAAUUGAGCGGAAAUGUGGUUUCAUGUUAAAGAAAUCGGCUUAAUUAAGCUCCGGCUCGAUGGGCCACUUAGCUCGAUUGCGGAUUAUACCUAUACACCUUACACCCCUAAAAUCGGACGAUAAUCAGUUACCACAAUGUCUAAUUCAGCUUUCGCGGAGUAUGGUACCGGACUAAAACAAUAACUUUACUCAGCAAAAAAUUUCGGCUUUUUCCUGCUUUUCUUCCUUAUAGCUUAUAGCAAUUGUUUGCAGGCUUUUUGAGUCGGUAAUUAUAAAAACUAAAUCUUAAUGCCAAAUUAUUUUGAUACCAACACUCAUCGUAAUACAACCGCAAUUUUACAAUACCAUGUCCGUCUUCCUUAAAUUAGCUGAGUAACCCUCAUAACUCGGAGGAAGGCGUUCGGCACCAUCCUAGAAAAUACUGAGAUAGAUGAAAAAGGGUUUACCAUGGGCCCAAACGAAACAGAGAGAGCGAGCAUAUUUCCUGACAGUACCAGGUCAGUGUUUUAUUGCCCUCACGAACCACACUUAGUUUGGGAUUCACAUGACACUACUUCUCCCUGGGUUUUUGCCGCUUUCGCAUCAAUAGUCUCUCCAGCUGCAGUUCUUUUGAACGCGUUAAUAAUCAUAGCAGUAAAGCAAAGAAAAGAACUGCAGAGAACUUCCAAUAUCUUGCUAACAAGUUUGGCUGUUACAGAUCUUCUAGUAGGAAGUUUAUGUAUCCCGUUGUCUGCUGUGGUUAAACUGUUAGUUCCUCAUCAAGUACUGGCUGACCAUUACAUUUGCAUGUUGGACUUUGUAGCCAUAUCGUCCACGAUCACUCUCGCGAUUUGUUCGAUUUUCCAUCUGACAGUGAUUGCUUGGGAAAGAUACGUGGCCAUUCGAAAAUGGAUUGACUACAAAGUGAUGGUGACUAAAAGCCUUAUGAAAAAGCUGGCGAUAAUAGCUUGGGUAUUAGCAAUAGUAACUGUAUCUCCACCAAACUUUAUCACGGCACUCAAAGGAAUGAUGAGGGCGAAUGAGGCGGUUAUAGCUCUGGAAAUUUUCCUCAUUCCUCUGUCACUUUUGCUAAUGUCUGCCCUAAGUCUUAUCGUAUAUUUUUAUGUCAUGGUGUACCUUGGAGUUCGCAAACGCAAAAUAAGUCAAAUUCGCCAAGUCAGCGAGUUAGUGAAAGUAAAACAGGAACGUAGAAUAGCUAUGACCGCUGCCGUCGUUACGAUUACCCUGAUUCUUUCCUUCUUGCCAAGUAUUCUUGGCGGUAUGUUGCAAGGAAUUUAUCUAUUCUUUCGUCAACGUUUGGCGAUGCGUGUAGAGGACAUAUUUUUGUAUCUAAAUUCUGUAGCUAAUCCACUCAUUUACUGCUACAGAGAUCGCCGUUUUAGGAACGCCGUGCUCGAUAUUUUGAAGAGUAGGAGACCCAAGGAAAAGCCGUCUGUU